UUCAGGGUUCAUUCAAAAUUUGAAAGCCUUCUCAUCCAAAUACGCUUCACCAAAUAUCUUAAAUUCUGCAUAUAUUAACAUGCUCUUCAUCUUCACCCAAUUGAAUCGUUUAAUCCGAGAUCCAUAAACCCUACCCAAACUCGAUCGUCGUUGCCAUUAUAACCAAUCGAGACCUUCACGACAUCACCCAUCAUCCAAACAUCAGCCACCAUCACUGAUGUCCUAGGGUUCGCCAUACCCAUCGUCACCACCGAUCCACUAUCUGUAAAUCCUCAAAAUCUUACUGCUAGAGUAUUUAAGAGUUUAUCGCUUGGGUUGCUUGCUCUGAUCAACAUUUUCAUCCUAUUUACACUUAUUAGUUAACAUUUGGUGGUAUUUAGUUUGUAGCUUACAACGUGAAUUGAAGGUCACCCUGAUAAUUCCUUCCAAAAAAGGAUAUCAACGAUUUCGAUUGUUCUUGAGCGGUCUCUCUGUCUCUCUCUUUCUCUCUCUCUCCCCCCUCUCUCUCUCCUAUAACAAUGUGUUAAUUUCUCCAUUUCUUAUGUAUCUCUAAUUUGUUCUUAUUUUUGUGAUUAGGGCUUGAUCAACACGGGUAGAUUUUCCAGGUUCAGAUUUUUGUAUUUUACUUUCCCAUAUGCAAUCGAAGAUGCAAAAUCUACAAAUUGUUGUUAUUUAUUCCCAUCUCGAAUUAUAGAUUCAAUUCCAUUUAGCAUCUACGUAGCCUUUCUCUCUCAAUCUCAUUGUAUCCUUUCAUCCUCCCAAUCAUUUUAAAAAACACCCGUCCCCCUUUAAUCCUUGAUCGAUUUAUGUUGAAUCCAAUUGUUUCUCCCCUCAUCCGCCUUCAUAAUCUAGACAGUGCCAAUCUAUAUCACUAAGUUCUAAAAUUAGCACACUGUUCUCGUGGGUUCCAAUAAUUGACACUAUUAUACCCUAGACACCACAUUCACUGGAUUUGCAAAUACACAUAUACAAACAAGAUGUAUGAUUUUAAACCCAUAUAAUUGUUUAUCUUCCUCUUAUUUUUGUUUAUAUUCAUAAAGUUUGUGAUUAGGUCUUGACAUAAUCCUCAUAAUUUAGAAGCUGAGGUAUUGGGUGAUUGGAAAUGUCCCUGAUCACAAAUCUUCACGUUGCAUCUAGAUCUAUGUGUUUUUUUUCCAUAUGGAGCUCUUUUUAUUUCCAUGAAUUUUCACCAUUUUCCAUAGUAAGAAAUAUCUUAAUAUUAAAAUGUUUAUUUGAGCAGGUUUUCAUGAAUCUCAUCUUUGUUGGCUUCAACUACAUCACAGGCAAGUAAUUAUAGCGUAUCAAUUUUUCAAAAUGACUGCCAGUUUAGACAGGAAUAUUGAAGGCAGAUCUCCAACUCUUUUUAUCUUUUCUAUUUUACCUUAGUGAAGCUUAAUUAUUAGUUCUCUAUAUCCAACAUGUGCUCCUAAAACUACUAGAAGUGACAGUUCUUAUGCAAAGCCAGCUUUAAAGCCUAUCAAUCUGGAUGGACUUACUCUGCCACGUUUACAGAUUCUGGUAAAGAGCAUGAAGAUUGAUAACUCAUAUACAUCUUGGUAAAGAGAAAUACAGAUGCUGAAAAAUAUAGCCUUUAUUAUAUAACAUCACAAAAGUUUUGGGGCAUGGAAGAGAUAAUUAAGUUUCCUUAUUGUUGUUUUGGUUUGAUUAGGCUACCAUUUCCAACAUGUCUCAUGAAACAAUUAGAAGACUACAUCUCCAUUCAUGAAUCAAAAUGGAGAUAUUUGUUUUACUACUUUGCUGAAGCUGAAUCUAAGGGGCUGUUUAUUUUUUUAGUCGAGGCUUUCUGUUACUGUUGGAUUAGUGUCUAAGUCCAUAACUAUUUUGGUAUGUACUUGACCCGAUUAUGAGCAUGGUCCUUUUGGGUUGCCUUCACCAUAGCAAUAUGUAGGAUGAUUUAAGGAGAUAAAGGUUUAAAUAUGAUUUAUUAAUAUAUUAUGAGAAUAAUAUAUUAAAGGAGAAAUCAUAUUGUUUAAUUAAUAUUAGUCAAGAAUUAAUUGAUAAUUAAUUUUGUGGCUAAAAGAGAUUAAUUAAAUUCAGGGGACUGGACUGCAAUUAUUGGAUAAUUUAGUUAUUGGGCUAAGGAAUGCUAAAGGAACAAGGGGUGAACGAAAUUAUGAUGGAAGCCCAUCAUAUUUUCGUCCAUGGCCUUAUCCAGAAGGUUCCAUGGGCUGCUUAGAGUUUAAGCUGUCCAUUAGGGUUUUGACUGAAACCCUAGCAGCCCACACAAGUAUAUAAAGGGCCCCUUAGGCUCCAAAAACGUGAACAACUGACUCUCUAGGGUUUCCAGCCAUUUUUGGUGCCUCCCCUCUCUUCUCCUCUUCAUCCAAGUUGCAUAAGGUGUUUGUGACUCCAUUAGAGGUGCAACACUUGAGGCACUAAGCUUUCUAAGACCAAUCCAAGCAAGGAAUUGAUUGUUAUUACUAUAUAACAAUUAAAGAUGUCUAACCGUGGUAUUCCCGAAUCCCAAGGAAAAAGUGUUCCUAAUGAAAGUGAAAGCUUGAUUCAAAGUGAGAGAUCAAUGUGGACUAGCUUGAUUUCACUUCCUCCUCUUCCUCCCGUUGUUCUCCCUAACCCAGAUAAUCGAAGAUUUGAAAGGUUCAAGAUCACCGAAUCCCUAUUGGAAAUGGAACAUCAAGAUGGCAAAUCCGUGUGUGCUCACAUCCUAGGGAUGAAAUCACACAUUGAUACGUUGAUUAUGUUGGGUGUGUCUAUCUCAAAUAAGUUGGUUGUGGACUGGGUUCUUCAGUCACUCCCUGAAUCAUAUGAUAAAUUCAUUAGAGAGUAUCAUAUGAUGAAACUUGACGCAACCCUCAUUGACUUGACUUAUAUGCUUAUUGCUGCCGAAUCAGAAAUGAUUUGGCGAAGUAAUGGAGCAUAUUUAUCUGCUAACUCAACCAACCAUGCUUCCAUGGACACCACCUGUUCCUGCUGCCAAGGGAAGGGGCAAUGGAUACGAAGCUGCCCGAAGGACCUGAAGAAUCUAAGAGAUAGGAGAGUCGAUGAGUAUGGCUCUACUUCAGGAUUAGAGAAAAGAGAGGAAGUUUGAUGGAAGAGCAAGAUGAGUCUGAUCACGAAGAAAUGGAUUUCGAUCGCAUGAAUUUGAAGAUUAGAUUUUGAGCUUAGGAAGUUAUGAUAGAUUUGUUAGGAGUAUAUGAUUAAAUAGUUUUUCAUUUGAAUUUUGCAUUGUAAGGACAUGUUUUCCGCUGUUUUUAUGAAUAAAAUAAAUUUUGGUUUUUAUCUUA